AUGACAUUUGAUGAAGGAGUUGCUAAUCAUUAGACUUAUGGAACUCAUCCUAUGUAUUUAAAAAGAGAACUUUCAGGCAAUUACCAUGUUGUUUUUUUAAGAAAUUAUAACGCUAUCCAAGUUAAUUAUUAAAGAAAUAAAUCAUUAACUUAUAAAGUUGUAGGAGGAAUUUUAGAAUUCAAAGUUUUCUUAGGAAAUAAAUAUCCUGAUAAUGCUUUAAAAUAAUAUCAUAAUUAUAUUAAUGGAUUUACUCUCCACCCUUUCUGGUCUUAAGGUUUCCAUUAAUGCAGAUGGGGAUAUAAAAAUAGCGAUUUAAUGAUAAAUGUUUGGUAAAAAUUUAUUGAGAAUGACCUUCCUAUAGAUACUAUAUGGUCAGAUAUUGAUUACAUGAACGAAUUAGUAGAUUUUACAAUUGAUAUAAAUCGUUAUAAUUCUACUGAAAUGAAUUUUAUGUUAAACAGAAAUAAUUCCGAAGGUAUACAUUGGGUACCUAUAAUCGAUGCAGGAGUUGCAAUAGCAGAUGUAUCAAAUGCAAGAGGAAAAGAAAUGGGAAUAUUCUAGAAAUCGAACAAAACCGGAAAAUAUCUUAUUGGUUGUGUAUGGCCUGGAAAAGUAAAUUUCCCAGAUUUUAAUCAUCCGAGAGCUGAAGACUAUUGGGUUGAAGGCUUAAAAAAUAUAACUUAAAAUUAUAAUAUUUAACCAAGUGGAUUUUGGAUAGAUAUGAAUGAAUUAUCGAACUUCAUAAAUGGAGAAAUAGAUGAAGAUGAAGAAUGUAUAAUGCCUAACGAUCCCAAUGCUCCUGUUGGAGAAUAAUAUUUAGGGAUUCGUUAAGAGGACUUUUACACUAAAAUUCCUUUUGAAGUAGGUGGAGAUGCUCAUAUUUUAUAAGAAAAAACAAUGAGUAUGGAUGCCUUUAAAUACAAUAAAAAAGAUGCUAGAAUCGUUCAUUAUGAGGCUGGAGAACUCCGGGAAUUCGACUUCCAUAAUUUAAAUGGAUUUUCAGAAGGAAUAGCUACUAAUAAAGCACUUAAAUAAAUGGGUAAUAAAUUGCCUUUUAUUAUUUCUAGAUCAUAAAUUGCUGGUUCAGGAAAAUUCGUUUAACAUUGGACUGGUGAUAAUGGGGCUGAUUGGUCGUUUUUAAGAUCUUCAUUAGCUGAAAUUUUUAAUUUCAAUCUUUUUGGUAUGCCUAUGGUAGGAGUUGAUAUUUGUGGCUUUGCAAAAAAUACAACUGCCUAAUUGUGUGCUAGAUGGAUGUAGGUUGGAGCUUUUUAUCCUUUUUCAAGAAAUCAUAAUGCCAAUGAUACUAUUUCAUAAGAACCUUAUGCUUUUAAAGAAAAAUAUGUAUUAGAGGCUAGUAGGAAGAAUCUGAAGGUUAGAUAUGCACUUCUGAAGUAUUAUUAUGUUUAAUUUGUACUUGCGGAAGGCAAAGGAAGUAUAUUUAAACCACUAUUCUUUGAAUUUCCUAAUGAUAAAGCUUUAUUUGAUAAUGAUUCUUAGUUUAUGAUUGGAACAUCUUUAUUGGGCAUUCCAGUACUUGAAGAAUAAAAAGAUAAAUAGUUAUUAUAUAGUGAUGUUGUUGGAUACUUCCCGGAAGGAUCUGCUUUUUAUUCUUUUAAUAAUCCAAAAUAGGAAAGAUUUACUCAUUCUAAUGUUACUUUUAGAGUCUUUUUUGAUGGAAUUAUGCCUCUAUUUAUUAGAGAAGGACAUAUUGUAUUUUCUUAAUUUAAUAAUAACUAAAAUAGAGCAAGAUUACUUAAUAAUAUCUUUGAAAUUCAUGUUGCUCUUAAAAAAGUAGGUAUUAGUUAUGAAGCAUAUUGUAGAUUUAUUACCUUAGGAAAUUAUUCAGAUGAUAAUUUGAUUGAGUUUUGUAUUAAUAGAAAUUGCGCUUUUAAUAUUAAAGUUAAUGGUGUUAUUCGAAAUAGGUAAUUUUUAGGAAAAAUAUAAAUUUAAGGCGAAUAAAAAGAUACUUAUUUUGAUUAAAUAAUUAUUAAUAGUAUUUAUUUAUAUUCAGAAGAUUUAUAAUUCGAAAAUAAUCCAGUUAAUUAAUUUAAUUUCAGUGUUAAUAGAAAUAAAAGCUUUGAUAUUUAAAUUCCUUUAAAAAAAUGA